ACUCUACUCCAAGCACCUCAAGCUAACAAUCCAUACCUCCCUUAUCAUCACAAACCCUAGACUUUCCUCUUAGCUUUCACACCCACUUCAACACACUUUUCUUCUGCUUCCUUUUCUUCAUCUUUUAUUCACUAUGAAUCUUGAAGACAAAGUUUCCAUGGACUCAGUUCCACCAUCAGAGCAUCUCUGCUAUGUCCGGUGCAACUUCUGCAACACUGUUCUUGCGGUUGGGAUUCCAUUCAAGCGGUUGCUGGACACUGUGACUGUGAAAUGUGGUCACUGUAGUAACCUCUCUUUCAUCAGCACCAGACCUCCAGUCCAAGGUCAAUGUCCUGAUCACUCACUUUCUCUACAGGAGAAGCAGAGUUUUUGCAAUGAUUUCAGAAAGGUCCGCUCAUCAUCAUCAUCCUCAUCAACAUCUAGCGAGCCCUUGUCUCCAAAAGCACCCUUUGUUGUAAAACCACCUGAGAAGAAGCACAGACUUCCGUCUGCUUACAACCGAUUCAUGAAGGAGGAGAUACAACGUAUCAAGGCUGCCAACCCUGAGAUACCACAUCGAGAAGCGUUUAGCACGGCAGCAAAAAAUUGGGCUAGGUACAUUCCAAACUCACCAGCCGGAUCAGUUUCUGGGAGCAACAACAAUGAAUGAAGUUAAAUAUUUCUAACUGACAAUGCCGUCACCCAAUUGGAAAGCAGCAGUUGAGCAUGUAAUCAAAUUGGAAUUUUUCGAUUUAGCUUCAUGCCUCAAACUUAUUUUCUCAUCUUGUUUACUUCAUAUCAUUCCUGAUGUUAUUUGUUUCUUGAUGAACUACCUACUCCAUGAGAGUUAAGACUAUUUAUGUAAUAUUUGCUAUUAAGAACUGAUCAGU